GCAACUUCAUAUGUCUAAAUUGGAAUACAAAUGGCGGCUAUGUCCCCGUCUGAGCGGAGAUUACAAAAAGAACUAAUGUCCCUGAUGAGGGAGCCUCCACCGGGAGUCACCGUGGACGGAGAUCAGGCCAGCCAAAAUCUAACACUGUGGACAGUACACAUGGAAGGCGUCCCCGGCACCCUGUAUGAGGGUGAGAAGUUCGUCCUCCAGUUCAAAUUCACCAACAAGUACCCCUUCGACUCCCCAGAGGUCACAUUCAUAGGCAACAACAUCCCCAUACACCCUCACGUCUACUCCAACGGGCACAUCUGCCUGUCCAUCCUAACGGACGACUGGUCGCCGGCGCUUUCCGUGCAGUCAGUCUGUCUGUCCAUCGUCUCUAUGCUAUCGAGCUGCAAGGAGAAGAAACGGCCACCAGACAACUCGUUUUACGUCAAAACCUGCAGCAAAAACCCUAAGAAAACGAAAUGGUGGUAUCACGACGACUCCGUGUAACCAGUAAGCGCGUUGGCUGUAUCGAGCAUGGACGAUAUGUGGUCAGUGCAGUGUCAGUGUACAUACAUAUGUUAGCGGGGGCCGCUCACUACUGUCGGUCGCGUUUUGUACACCAAUACCCCUUCCAGUAGCUCCUGUCAUUCAUUACCGCGUGGAUAUAAUGGUUGACUGGUAGAGAAUGCCUCAAGGCGUUAAGUCCGCCAUUUGUACUCUUUUUUUGUAAAUUUGUGCAAUAAAGUUUAAAUAAAUAAAUAUCUGUCAAAUAAAACAUUUUCUUGACAAUAUGAACCAAGGAACGCGUCCUAGUGAUUGACUCGAUUUAUAUCGCAAAUAACUUUAAUUAAAAUAGGUCGUUCAUAAUUUGUAAGUCGUAUGAAUUUGCAAUCAAUAUUAACUUUUCGGCUUAGCAUCUAAUCUGAAAGAAAAUAUCUACUCAACGGUUAGUAAGAACACCCAAACGGUGAGACCUACAUGAAGUUGGUUCGAAAAUUAUUAAUUAUUACGUUGUCUACAUUGGAUGAUGGAUAGCUGAUAGCUCAGAUUGGUUCUAAAAAAAGUUGCUCAAGGAUAUGUAAAAGUUAGACAACAUACUGGCGAAAAAAAUAUAAAAAACGUAAGAAAUGAUACCAUACAUAUUUGUGUACAAAACAUGACCGGCAUUACCAAUGGGAAAUCGUAUUUUGUCAGUGCUAAAUAAAUGUAAGUAGCAUAAUAGGAUAUGAAAUCAAAUAAAUGUACUGCUUAGUUCCGGAGAAAUUGUCUGUCGAAUUCUAAUUGUAUAUAACUGAUUAUAUUUAUGAUAUAACCAGAAACAUAAUCAUGUAAAAUUGUAAAUAUUAACCGGUUUUAAUAUUUCAUCAUUUUAUUAAAAUCGGUAGAAAACAGAUGAAAAAUUUGAUUUUGAUAUUUUAUUGCAGUUCCUUCACAAAUACUCAGUUAUUUUUAUCUGUAACGUCCACGGCGAAACUUCUGUUUGUAAAGUGUAAACGUUAAACUUUGUAUAAUUGUAUAAAAACUGUAAAAACAUAAAUGUUUAUGUUUCUGGUUAACUUUUUAUUGCCUAACUGCGGUAUCAGUUGAAGGAUAUUUUUGGAAAAGAUGUUAGAUAUAGAACGUUCCAAAAUGCCUUUAUUAUCAGCUUUGUACGUUUUGCGUUUAUAAGAGCAAGUUUAAAACAUAAAUAUACACAUUAUUUUUCUCGACACCUAUGUAUUAUAAAACCAAAGGUUUUGAUAUGUUAUACUGUUCCCAAAUUCGUGUUGAGGCGAACUAUAUGUAAUCGAGAUACCUGUUUUAAGUGUGAUACAUAGACCAGGGAGUGCUUAAAAUGGAUUAAUAUAUAUUACUUUUUGGUCUGUCAAUAUUUUUGUGAUGUCUCAAUUUGGUGCCGCGACCAGGAUCAAUGAACACUGAAUAAAGCUAUGAAAAUGGCUCAUUUUGUUUUGACAUAUCUUAUUAA